AGACAGUUCAGUGUACGAGCGGAGCGGAGUUUAGUCAACACUAACAGUACUGUGCGUUGUUUCGGCUAAUGGAUAUUGUUUUCAUCGUGCGAUCACUGUACGCCAAUGUGAUGCGAAUAGACGAGUAAUACUGGAAAUAUGUAACUUUCUGUCAAAGUCGUGUCAUUGAUGACGUCAAACUCACGUACGUGUCAGUGAAACUUCGAGGCGUGGGUCCUCGGUGUUUAUGAAUGGAGUUGUAUGGGAGUGGCAGUGGAAGAUAACAGUUAGUGCACGUGUGUGAGUUAUUGUUGUGUGUUGUGGAGUGAUGUGAAUAUACAAACAAGCAUGGAGGACUUGUCCGGUUUUAGUGCGCCUUCUGAUUGUCUUCGCCAGCCUGGUGACUGUGCGAGACCGAGGACACGGACCACGUGUUACGGUAGUGGUGACGAUGUGUCGUGGCUCUGCACGGCCCUGCUGGCACUGGCACUGCUGACUACGUCUGCUGCCGCCCAGAACGCCACAGACACCGUGCCGUUCAACCGCACAGGAGUGUGCCGGAGCCUGGACAUCCGCAACUCCGUGGAACAGUUCAAUCAGCUUGAAGGAUGCCAAGUGAUAGAAGGGUUCCUGCAGAUCGUGCUGAUUGACAGGGCUGAUCCCAACGAGUAUGAUAACUUGACGUUCCCAGAACUACGAGAGGUAACCGGUUACAUCUUGCUGUACCGAGUGCACGGCCUGCGCUCCCUUGCUAAACUGUUCCCGAACCUCAGCGUCAUCCGUGGAAAUGAACUCUUUUCCGACUAUGCCCUUGUCGUCUUUGAGAUGCUUCAUCUGCAGGAGUUGGGUUUGUCUUCUCUCACCGACAUUCUAAGAGGAGGAGUGUACUUUGUCAAGAACCCGAUGCUCUGUUAUAUUGAUACCAUAGACUGGGACCUAAUCGCAAAGCAGUCACAGAGUUCAGACCUCGAAGGGAAGAAGGGCCAGAUGCACUUUAUUCGGAACAACAAGAGAGAGAACGAGUGUCCCAUAUGCCCAAGAGAUUGCCCGUUGAUGGUUGGGUCACAAGACAAUCAUCUUUGUUGGAGUCCACAGCAUUGCCAGAAAGUGUGUCCUGAGUCCUGUGGAAACAGGGCUUGUGAUGCUACAGGUGCAUGUUGUCAUGACAACUGCUUGGGAGGAUGUCACGUCAACAACGCCACCAACUGUUUCUCGUGCCGUGGAGUGCUACAAGAUGGACAUUGCAUGAGUUCCUGUCCUAAGGACUCAUUCAAGUAUCUGAACCGCCGGUGUAUCUCAGAAGAAGAGUGUUAUGCACUGCCCAAACCAAGACUAGUGAUCCAAACCAACUCGGCGAACCAACAGGAUGGGAAUUUGAUUCCAGACCAUCCGUGGAAGCCGUUCAAUGGGGAAUGUAUCCUCACUUGCCCAGCUGGCUAUCUGGAGACCAACAACAGCAACCGAUACAACUGCAAGCUCUGUCAAGUGGAUAAAUGCCAGAAGGAGUGUACCGGUGGCAAUGUGGACAGUAUAGCCAAUGCACAGAGACUACGAGACUGCACGUACAUCAAGGGUUCCCUGGAGAUCCAGAUAAGGGGAGGAAUAAACGUGGUUAAAGAGCUAGAAGAAAAUCUGAACAAGAUAGAGGAAAUCAGCGGUUAUUUGAAGAUAGUGAGGUCAUUUCCAAUAAUGUCACUGAACUUCCUCAAGAAAUUGAGGAUCAUCCAUGGCAACGAUCUAGAGAGUGGGAAGUAUUCUCUGGUAGUGUUGGACAACCAGAACCUCGUGGAGUUGUGGGAUUGGGAGAACAAGGGAAAAGACUUCCAAAUCAAGCGUGGCAGACUCUUCUUUCAUUUCAAUCCCAAGCUAUGCAUCGACAAGAUCACGGAACUAAAGGAGCUGGCUCACUUACCUGAUUUCACCGAUCUGGAGGUCGCACAAAACUCAAAUGGGGAUAAAGUGGCCUGUAAUGUCAAAGAGCUGGAAGUGAAGGUGUACAAAAGCGGUCCCAAAGCUGUCCUAAUCAAAUGGAGACCGUUCACUCACUACGAUUCACGCACACUCCUGGGUUAUGUAAUCUACACGAUAGAAGCCCCCUACCAGAAUGUCACAAUGUAUGAUGGUCGUGAUGCUUGCGGGGGAGAUGGUUGGAGGGUAGAUGACAUAGCAAUUCCAGAGCCCUCGGAAAAGGAAGUGGACUGGAUGGAUGCGAUACUUACUCUUCUCGAGCCUUACACACAGUAUGCUUUCUACAUCAAGACGUACACUAUAGCUACUGAAAAAGUGGGGGCGCAGAGCAAGAUUAAGUACUUUCGUACCCACCCCGACACUCCCUCUGUACCAAGGGCUCUGAAGGUCUACUCCAACUCCAGUUCUGAGUUGAUCAUCAACUGGAGUCCACCGCGUGUCCCCAAUGGCAAUGUGACUCACUAUAUCGUACGAGGACAAUGGGAACGGGACGACCAGAAGUUCCUCGACCAGCGCAACUAUUGUAAAGAACCGUUGUCGCUGCCUGACAACAAACACUCACAGACCAAGGUAGAUGAGGAUGGGACAGACCUAGAUCCUGAUGGUCUGGGAUUGUCCAAUAUCUAUACCAAGAAGGAUUGUGUAUGCAAGAAGGAUGACAAGGAGGAGAGGGGGAAGAAGCAGAGAGAGAAGGAGAUACAGUUCCAGAUUCAGUUUGAAGAUGCAUUGCACAAUCAAGUAUAUGUUAAAAGGAAAAAUGCUCCAGAUGACCUGAACACUGUACCAACGGAACUUGAUAAAAAACGACCUCAGAGGGACAAGCGGGAGAUCAAGUUCCGAAACGAUAUUGUCAACAAUGAAUAUCCAAGAGUUGAGAAGACCAGUUUAGGAAACAUAGGGGAGCCUAAAAACAAACUGCCAAGAAAUGACGAGGAGACUUUUGAGCACGAAGUGUGGGGCGGAAACUCAUUGGUGGUGCAUAAGCUCCAUCAUUUUGCACACUACACCAUCUCUGUAACAGCCUGCAGAGAGGUAUUGGAUGAGGAGACGGAUAUAGGCAAGAAAAACAACUGCAGUGCUCAAGCGAUCUUUUCUACCCGUACCCAACCUCUCAAUACUGCUGACACUGUGCCGUACCUCAAUGUGGAAGUGAUGGACAGCUCCAAUCACAGCGGUGAUGUGCUGCUCAAGUGGGAAGAGCCUAAGUCACCCAACGGUCUUAUUGUCACCUACCAGAUAGAGUAUACUCGCUCCGACAUUGAGAAUUACAAACCUCAGAUUGUGUGUAUCACGAGGAGGAAGUUUCAUAACUUGAGUAAAUCCUACAUCCUGAAGGAUCUGUCUCCUGGAAACUACAGCGUCAAAGUUAGGGCCACUUCUCUAGCUGGCAAUGGCAACUAUACAGAAAGUGUUAACUUUUACAUACAGGAGCGCCAGAGUAUCACAAUGCUCCAGAUGCUCAUCAUCACCAUUGCUAUUGUGAUCUUACUGGUUGGCUUGGUGUUCUUGGCUCUCGUCUACCACCGGAAGCAGAUGGCUCAGGAGGUAGCCAAUAGCAGGCUGAUCGCUUCUGUCAACCCGGAGUAUGUCAGUACAAUGUACGUUGCUGACCAGUGGGAGGUUCCUCGAGAACAAAUUGAGCUGGUUAAAGAGUUGGGACAGGGCUCGUUUGGUAUGGUUUGGCGCGGUAUUGCGUACAAUAUUGUGCCAGGCCAUGAAAAGAUGGACUGCGCUGUGAAAACUGUCAACGAGACUGCAUCAGAUCGCGAGCGAAUCGAAUUUCUCAACGAGGCUUCAGUUAUGAAGGGUUUCAACACACACCAUGUUGUACAGCUGCUAGGUGUUGUAUCUAAGGGUCAGCCUACUUUGGUGGUGAUGGAGUUGAUGGCUAAUGGGGACCUCAAGUCUUACCUGCGGUCUCACCGACCAGACGCCGUGGACGAUCCUACAAAACAACCCCCCACACUCAGAGAGAUAUUGCAGAUGGCGAUAGAAAUAGCAGAUGGAAUGGCAUAUCUAGCCGCAAAGAAGUUUGUCCACCGCGAUUUGGCUGCACGCAAUUGCAUGGUCGCCGAGGACCUCACUGUGAAGAUUGGUGACUUCGGCAUGACCCGUGACAUCUAUGAGACUGAUUAUUAUAGGAAAGGCACCAAAGGGCUGUUGCCAGUUCGGUGGAUGGCCCCUGAGAGCCUCAAGGAUGGGGUGUUCACAAGCAGCUCGGAUGUAUGGAGCUAUGGAGUGGUCUUAUGGGAAAUGGCCACACUUGCCUCACAACCAUAUCAAGGGUUGACCAAUGACCAGACUCUCAAGUACGUGAUUGAGGGGCGAGUGAUGUUGCCACCAGACAACUGCCCGGAGAAUCUUUACUGGUUGAUGAAGCGUUGCUGGCAGUACAAGCCUUUGAUGAGGCCAACGUUCCUUGAACUGGUGACGGAUCUGUUACCUGAAGCCAACCAGAAGUUUUCCACAGUGAGCUUUUACCACAGUGAGGAGGGCCAGGAGAUACGUGGUGGGGCUAGUGCGGGGAUGGUCGCCCCAGUACCUCCACCCACGGUGGUGGGGGAAGCGGUGGCUGAGACAACAGGAGCCGGUGGGGAGACGACACCUCUCUGCAUCACCCGAGAGAUUGAGGAUUUCUCAUUAGGAAGUGACGACGAGGAGAACUACAAGCAGUCGUCUGGGAGCAGUAAAGUGAGCAACGGCAGCACGACCACGCCCAAUGGGUACAUCCUGGCGCGGCCCAAUGGCAUCAAGACGACAAAAUGCUGAGAACACGCCCGGUGUUAGUAGACAUUGGACGACCGUGCGUUGAACCGUGCCUACUGACCGCACACAGUACCGAACAUCUUGGUGGCGUAAUAUUGUGCUGUAGUGCUGUGCGUCUCGAUGGGUGUCGGACGAUGCUGGGAUAAACCGUUGUGGUGUGCCGGGUUUUCCGCUGCGACUGCAACUGAGCCGACUGAUCCGUCAUGGUCACGUGUGUAGCACUGACGAAUCUCAACAACCGGUCUUGUGUUAGAGCGACAUUAAGUCUUUUUCUUAGUUGAACAAUGUAAAGUUAACUUCUUCAUCUACCUCAAUUAAUCUGUCAUAAACCAUUUGGGUGAAUUAUGAAUUUUAUUUUCACUGUGUGAAUGGCUCAGGGCCUACACUAUUAGCUAUACACAGAGUAUAAGAGACUGCAGUUUUCUUACUGCUGUAAAACUAACUAUUGGAUAUUUCCAAUUUUUUGAUAAGCUAUUGCCAACGACUUCCUUAUCAAAAACGAUACAGUUCAAAUGAUAGGUGUGUAUAAAUAAAAAUAUAUGACUUCUUUAAAAAUAGUUUAUUUGUAUCAAUUUAUCUCAAAAUUAUAAAAAUUUAUCCAAAUAUUACUUUUUUAUAGACAUAAACAUACAAUACUAUUAAAUAAGAUAAAACAGAGUACAAAGUAGAACAUGAUUCAAACAAAACCUCCUUUGUAUUAUGUCUUGUUCUUUAUUUCUUCCCCAAAAGAAUAUUUUUUCUGCUCAUGGAAAGCAUAAUUGAGAUAAUAUGUCUAAAUUUUAUUAUUUUGAGAUACAUUGGGUGAACUCCUACAUUUAAACUUAAAAGGUUUAUUAAGCUUACAUUACUAACUAUAAAUCAGGCAGUUUGUAACAUUUUAUACUGAAAUUUAAAUAUGAUUGAAAGCUAGUAAUAUUUUGAUGAGGAAGCUAUUCACUUGUGAAAUGUAGUAAAACAAAAUGUAAUUAAUUUUUUGCAUAAAAGUAUUGCAAAAUCCAUUCUCGCACAGUUUUAAAAUUAAAACUCAUAUUUUUAAUUUUUCAAAGAGGUACGAGUGUUGUAAGUUUGACUUUCUUGACAACGUGAAUUGUGAACAAAUUAGUUCAAUAAUAUAAUUUAUUUAUAAACUAGUGGUAUGUCUGACUUAGCAUAAUGUUGCGUUUAGUAGUUUUACCUUUUUUAUAUUGUGUGUAUUAUUGUAUAAGCAUUGUAUUUUAAUGUAUUGUUAGGGGGUUUGAUAUUGAGUAUCUGAUUAUUUGGAAAAUAUUGUAAAUACGUUUUCAGCUGAUAUCAUUUAUACAAAAUACAAAUUAAAUCUAAAAGAAUAUGUAUAUCUUUUGAUGUUUGUAAAAUGAACUCCAAAUGGUUUAUGGCAUAAUGGAGUACUCUUUAGUAUGGGAUGCCUUUUUUAAGCAUUGUGGAGCUUUUAUAUUUGUUGUUUAUUGUUAUGCAAUUUUUUAUAACACAACUUAGAUUUAAAUGGAAAAUUACAAGAGGGUGUUGAUUGUAUAAGCCCUGCUGAAAUUUUCAUAUUAAAGUAGAAGGUAAAUUCUGUAGGACAUGAGUUGAUCAGCAAUCGCAAUUAAAACUGUAAAGAUUCUUACACGCCAUGUUGUAUGGGUCACGUGUAGCAAUAAGAUGGUUUCCGGUUUUUAACAGCAUCACACAUGUUUUAUGUACAAGACUUUUUGUAUCCAUUGUACAACUGUAGCGUUUUGUACUUGUGAGACCGCCUACUGAAACCGUUGGGAGCAAUACUGUACUGGUUUGCUACUGUUAUAUUUUGUAAAAUCAGGCCUAAAAGUUCAGACGACGCACAGUUUACCAUCUGUCAAAGAGUAAAUAAGAAACUGGUCUUUGUAUUUAUUUUGUUCUAGACUGUAUUGUAUAAAUAAAUGGUUUGAAAUAAAGUGAAAAGUAUUUAUUUUGUAGGUUGAAAUGCUGUUUUCAAAUUUAGUGAAAUUAUUCUGAUGUAAAUCCUUAGAUUAUUAGAUAAAUAAUUUAAAUUAACUAUUAGACAAUGUAAUUAAAGUUAUAUUAAUUGGAUUUAUGUUAAUCUAUCUAAUGCUAGCUAAUCGUUUUUUAAAUCUAAAAGGAAGAUUGGUUUUUCUAUUAUUAUUAUUAUAUUAUAUUGUAGGCCACUAUAAGGUCGGUUCAAGUCUGUGUCAUGAAAGCUACAAAAAAUUGUUUAAGGUGAAAUUCGACACCAUACUGACCUCAAUUCAACAACUCAGGUGCCAACUCUACUUGACAUUGUACCCUUGGUCGAGCUCACUGUACUUACAAUUUUAAUCAAUUGCAGUAUAAAGCAGUAAACGCACUUUUGAGUGUUCUUGCAAUAUUUUUCCUACGCUCGAGUGCCAGCUGGCAUAUUUAGUUGUACUAGUGAAGGAAAGGAAGAAAGCUUGCCAUUUAUUUGUUGCAAGAUGUAGGAGUGCGUUUUCUGUGCUGGAGGAUCGAGAGAGAGAACCACAUGUUAAUAGAACAUCUCUUCCAAGGGUAUGUUAAUGGCCUAAUGAACAUAAAGUUGCUAUUAUAGAUGUUGUCAUAUCUUUUGUAUCGAUCACUACGUGUUCCACGUACCAGUGUUGUAUAGUGUUAUAUAUUAUACUGUGGUCCCGUAACCAAAGUAAGUUGUUUUGUUUACAUUGUUUAUAAUAAACAUCCGGUUCCCGACCCCGUUGUCUUCAUUAUUUUUAUAUAAAAGUAUUCAUUAAUAUAAUAUUAUUUAUUUUAUUUACUUGUAGACUUAGUGUUCACCUACCUCUUAUGUACACUUGAAGCUGUUUCACUUAGAGCUUAUUUUUGUAUUGUUGUUGUUUAGAGAAACACUCAGUAUUACCAUUCACUGCUCUGGACAGUAUUGUUUGUUAUCAUAGGGCAAGAGAGCUGCACUGCCAACUGUGAACUUUGUUUAACCAUAGUACCUCGCAACUCAUACCUACCCAUAGAUUUGAGAAUUAUUUUGGUACAAUCGGUUUAGGCCAAGAUUUUACAUACAAUUGACAGUUUGAGUUUGAUUUUUGGAUUUGAAAUGUUUCCAAAUAUUCCAGUGUACUUCAAUAACAGAAUAUGAGCCACAUAAUUUUAUUACUGUGUUUUGUAUUAUUGGUUUUAAGUGAAAUAUUUAUUUCAAAAACUUCAUUCUAAUAAUACAUCUUAUAAAAAAUUAAAGCAUACUAGAGGUGAAAGGCAUAAUUAAAAAUUAAUAAUUACAAUUUAAAAUAAAAUAAGUAGUACUGACAUUAUAUGAAAUUUACCAUCAAAGGCACUACUAUAAAUACAGUGCUGUGGAAAUUUGGAAUUUAUCUCAAGAUAUAUUAAGAGUUCCGCUAAUCAAAUUUUACUAAUGUGAUCUGAACAAAUUUAGAAAAGUGGUAAAAUAAAUAAUUAAUUGCAGAGCAUUAGAAAAAUAUAACCUUUUUAAUAUAUUACAAAUAUUCAUUACAAUUCUUGUAAAUAAUUAGAAACAUAAACUCUUUGAAUAACGAUUCUGGAAUGGCAUUGAAAAGAACACUUACUAAAUAUUCAAGAUCAGGUUGGUAAAAAAGUCCAUAUUACUGUAGUCUUUGAGUCUCUUAUUCAUUUGUUUCAUUUAUAGAGAGAAAUAUUCUUUUGUGCAAUUGCCCAAACUAAGAUAACUGGUGUUGUGGUGGAUAGAAUUGCCAUCAUAAGAGGAUAAAAAUAUAGUUAUUUAAGCCACUCACCUUCCGUAUAUUCUCUUCCCAUUCACCAAAUAAUAAUUUAUAAAUAGCUCUAAAAACAUUAAAUUUGCUGUAUUGCGAAUAAAUAAUGCACCUGGGACAAUUGUUUGACUGAACCAAUGCUAAUUUUUUUGCAAAACCUAAUAUUUUUUGAUGGCUCGCGUGAAACUCUGUUUUCUACUAGGUCUGGCCCCAGUUGGUCAGAAUUUACAGCACUCCACUAUAACAUUUUUCACUAAUACUUGAUAUACAGGCUUUAGUUUAUGUAUAGUUAUGCUCUUUCCAAACUUGAAUAAUUAUAUUUAAUGCAGUAAAAUUUUAACUGUAAGUUAAUAUUGCAGCCAUAUUUAAAUAAGUUGUGCAUUUUAACUAAAAAAGAUUUCUGAAAGAUGGAUACAAAAAAAUUAAUGCGAAUUUUAUUGUCUAUUACAAAUGCAGUUUAGAAUAUUUUAAUAAGCAUUGCGCAUUGUUAUUAAAUUGUUUAAAGUGUGUGUGUAAAUAUUUACUUUAUCCACUUAACAUUUCCAAUUGAAAAUUCUUGGAAAACGAAUGAAAAACAGAAGACAAAGUGCGGAAAGGUCUAAAAAUUUUUAUACAUAAGAAAAAUUAGUAGUUCAACGGGCUGAGGCUAAUGCCUCUGGUCAUCAAUGCGGAAGUUAUGAACCACAAUCAUUCCUCAUCAUAUUACCUGUCAAUAACAGAUCAAAAGUUUAGAGGUUCGAUCCCAAAUCAAAUAAUGCUCAAGAGCAUUAUAUUAUAUUAUAAAUCUUAAACAUACGUAAUUAUUAUUAAUAUUAAACAUAAUUUCCAUAGACAGAACUACUCCUGCAAAUUUGUUUUUAAUUUUUAUAUGGUAUAUGGUUUCUGAACAACUAAAAAUAUGUUGAAAAUAUAAGUACCACUAUAAGAAAUUGUUAAAAGUGGUUUCAGAUAAUUUCCGAUGCUGUGGGUAAAGUAAAUAUUAUAGGUAUUCGCUAAACAUAUUUAGAAAAAAAUUACGUAUUAGAAAUUUCAAGUUAAUAAGGAAAAAAUGUUUUAAAAAAUUGAAAUCUCAUUUAUAAAUAAACAUAUUCUCUAUUCUAAAAUCCCUCCUGAAAAUUUAAGACUCUUCAAUCAAUUACACACUAUUAUAAAGUAGUUGAAGUUAAUGAUAACACUUUCCAAUCUAAUUUUCUUGACCAGGCUCUUUUAAACCUGAAAUUUCAUGGCUAGGCGACUCUUACAAAAAACUGAAUUUGCCUGACGAUGAAUCCUUUGGUUUUCAAAAGGCUUUGUUCUAAAAACAAAGAUUACAUUGGUAAAUUGUAGUUAUUAAUAAAUACAACCAGUCUUCUGAAAAUGUUUUGAAAGUCAAAGCACAAUAUAAACUAUAAGAACUGCAAUCCUUGUUAUCAGAAUAUUUCAAACAAUUAAUGGUUUUUCAUUGUUUUGGUUUUUUUAAAUUCAACAACUGUAUAUUUUGCAAUAUUCAGGAAUAAUCUCAGGUUUAAUAAAAUGUUUAGCAGUUAUAUGUAAAAUAUGUCAACAUUAUUUGUAAUUACAAUUGAAUUAGAAAAUUUGUAUGGUUUUAUAUUGUGUAAAUUACCUAAAAUUUGAAGUAAUCAUACGAUAAUGUGUAAGAUUGAUCGAAUAAACUGUUGUUGUCAUGCAAAGUUUGUUUUUAGAGACCUAAAUGCAGAUUAUUAUUUGAUACAAAUACAUAAAAAUUAUAUUUCUUAGGAGAUUUAUGUUUUGAAAAUGUAUGAGGUGCAAAUAAUGUUUAGGUGCAUCAUGGAGCUACUAAUGUGAAAUUUCUUUUCUUUUGAGAACAGGUUAUCCUAAAUGAGCGUUUUUAUAAUAAAUUUGAAGUUUUCAAACAAGAAUUGUAAAAACUCAGUUUAUUGUCAUCUGUGUUCGGUGAAUUAAUGGAAUUUAGUAUAGUUUGAAUUUUAGUUUCAUUUUAAGAUUUUACAAUUAAGUUUUCUUAUUUUUAGUUUUCCACUUUUUUGACAAACAACUGUUUUAAUUUUAAAAAAUAUUUCUGCUGUAUCACUAAUUAAUUGUAAGCAUAAAAUACUAUGUGACAAGUACUAGAAACUGGAACCAAAGUAAACCUGAAAUGAGAGCUAAAGAGCUCGCCAGAUCCCUCUCUUGCCUGUUGUGACUCUGUUAUGUUAAUAGGGUUACCACCCACUGCUGUACAUUUGACAAAGUUCCUACACAUCCUACUGUAAAUAUAUUGUAAGUUAGUUACUGAUAACUGUUUUGUUCAGUUGGCUUCAGAUAUCAACUUCUUGGGUAGAUAAUCGAAAUCAAAACAUGUCUCACUUCACCCUGUACAUAUAUACAUAAUUUAUAUAUAUUGAGAGAGAUUAUGCAUAUUUGCUGUCUUGUUCAAGGUAAAUUCUUAUUUCUGAUGAUUUCUUUUGGAAAAUAAAAACGAUUAAAGGAUA